AUGAAUCGACUCUGUUUGAAUCUCUUGGUCGUAGCCUUGCUUGGCGCAGUGCACUGUCAGUCAUCGAUUGACAUUGACAUUGAGCCUGGAACAAACGCCUCUACGGUCACUCCUUCAGUGGUCACCAACGACAAUGUCAAUAGCACCAGCACAGUGUCCUACCAGUCGACGCUGUUUCCCAUAUGGAAUGGCACCACGGAAAGCCAGCCACCCACUACCAACCACACCACGACGACGACGAGCAGGACGACGAUGACCACUUCGCAUAGACCAACAACAACCACGACGACAUCAAAGACCACCACGACCACCAGCACAACAACAAUGAAACCGACCACAUCGAAUGGAACGACUCAUCACACGACAACUCAACGGCCGACGACGUCGACUGUGCCCGUGCCCACGCUGCCACCGGAACCGGUCGCCCCAAGCACUCCCUGGAACUUGACGUACGGGGCAAAGGGCAACCACUGCCUAAUGGUGACAUUUGCAGGACGUAUCGAGAUAAUGUACCGCAAUGUGCUCAAUCAUACCGUCACAACGGGUCUCGACGUGCCCAAGAAUGCGUCUGUCAGCUCAAAGAGCCACUGCGCGGAGGACCAGGACGAAGAGACACUGAUUCUGGACAUUGAAUCGCCCUCUGUGCCUCAAGGGGCGCUCAUGUUCACCUUCCUCAAAAACUCUACCAACAAGAACGACUCCACUUUGAGUGGCAUUGAGCUCAGUUUGCGGAUCAAUGAUGAUCUCUUUCCCGGCGUAUCGUCAGAGUUUCUAGGUGAAAUGAUGUCAUUGUCUGCUGACAACCUUUCGCUCUUUGAGACCACCGUUCAGCAUUCAUAUUCUUGCGAAUCGCUUCUCAAGACCAGUUUAGUAACAGUCAAAGUGAAUGGAUCAGAGGACAUGAGUGAGGGAGGGUCAAAGUCAAAAUCUCCCUUUUUAAGUGGAACUUUUGAAAGCAACAAUCUCAAAGUACAAACCUUCUUACCGACUGAUAAAGAUACAAGCAGCUUCCUGCCGACUGUAUUUGGAUGCUAUCUAUGCCAAGGAAUCACACCUAACACUACCACAACGGUGCCGCCGCCGCCUACCACUGUAACUACCACAGUGGCCCCGACAACGACCACGGUCAAACCGACUACGACGACGGUCAAACCAACUACAACAACUGUCAAGCCGACGCCANCGCCCAAGUUCAUCUCAGGAAACGUGACUGAAGGCAAUUACACCUGUUUGCGCUAUGAGUUUACAGUCCAGUUUUUUAUCAAGUUCAACACUACCGAGAACAAAACUAAAACCGCCACCGUUCUGCUGCCUUUAACCUCUGUUGCCCAGUUUCCAACCAAUACCUGCUCAUCGGCCCAGGAGUCGUUUUCCCUCCUGUACGGAAAGGACCUCAAUUUAACUUUGACGUUUGCAAAGAACGAAAACUCUGUAUUUCUGGACACAAUCAACCUCUUUGUCGUGUACAACAACGAAAGCUUCCCUAACAUUAAGACAGACUUGAUCGGCAAGAACCAUACUUACAAUCUCAACAGUCUAAGUCCCAACUUCAACGUGGAAAAGUCUCACUCCUACGUUUGUGCCAACGUGACUGUUCCCAAAACUGCUGAAGGCGAACUUCAGGUAGUGUUUUCCAGCCUUCGCCUUCAGGCUUUUAUGGACAAGGCCAAGAACGGUGAAUUUUCUUCUGAGCACAAUUGCCAGAACGAAAUUAACGACGUGGUUCCCAUUGCUGUCGGAGCUGCUUUGACUGGUCUGGUCAUUAUCGUUUUAAUCGCGUAUUUCAUCGGAAGAAGGCGAAGCCGCCGUCUGGCGUACCAGUCUGUGUGA